GAUACUCGUCGGUACGAAUGCCAGUACUGUUCAAAGCGAUUUUCUCGUCCAAGCUCGCUCACUACACAUAUUUAUACACAUACUGGUGAAAGACCUUUUGGAUGCGAUAUUCCUGGAUGUGGACGUUCAUUUUCUGUACUGAGUAACCUGAGACGUCAUAAUCGUGUUUGUCAACGAACACGUGAGCGAAGAUUA